UACACACAACAAAAAGAAAGAAACACACACACAGAGAUAGAGAAAAGAGGAAAAACACACAGAGACACACAGUAGAAGAGAACACAGAGAGAGAGAGAGAGAGAGAGAUUCUUGUAGUAUAAACUUUGGAGCGUAUUUCUCGUGAGUAGUCCCCAAAAAAUGCUUUAUAGGGUGGCAGCCUAGUAUCCCUCCUAUGCAAAACCCACCUGCUGUCUGAACACCCCUCCACCUGGGACCAGCUCCCUUUGUUCUUCUUCUUCUUCUUCUUACCAUUCAUCAUUCUAUAAAUCCCAUUUUCUGCAUUUUGAGUAUGCACUUUUUUUCUUGAAAAUCAUAGCCAAAAAAAAAAAUCAUUUUUGUUGAUUUUGAGUGAGCAAUCUUUUCUUGAAAAUCACAGCUAAAAAACUGGAAAAAAAGAACCCAUUUUUAUUGAUUUUUAGAGCAAGUUUUCUUGAAAACAAAAGAAAAAGAAAACAAAACCCAUUUUCUUCAUUUUGUUUGAGCAAUUUUUUUCUUGAAAAUCAAAGAAAAAGGGAAAAGAAAGAACCCCAUUUUCUGCAUUUUGAGAAAAAGGGAAAUCUUUUUCUUGAAAAUCAAUAGUUUAUAGGGGAAAAUCAAGAAAAUUUAGGUGAAAAUGAUGUGGGAAGCUGGAGGGUCAUCAGGGUCAUCUUCUGCGGCGGCCGGAGGUGGUGGAGGUGAAGGUGGAGGAGGAGCUAUGGGAAGUGGUGGUGUUGGUGGUGGUAGUGGGAGGAGGAAGCCAUCAUGGAGAGAAAGGGAAAAUAAUAGGAGGAGAGAAAGGAGGAGAAGGGCAAUAGCAGCUAAGAUUUAUGCUGGAUUAAGAGCACAAGGGAACUAUAAUCUUCCUAAACAUUGUGAUAAUAAUGAAGUUCUUAAGGCUCUUUGUGUUGAAGCUGGAUGGAUUGUUGAACCUGAUGGCACUACUUAUAGAAAGGGAUGCAGGCCAACUCCAAUGGAGAUUGGAGGCACUUCAGCUAACAUUACACCAAGUUCUUCAAGAAAUCCAAGUCCCCCAUCUUCAUACUUUGCUAGCCCAAUCCCAUCUUAUCAACCUAGUCCAACAUCCUCGUCUUUCCCCAGUCCAACACGUGGUGAUGCUAACAUGUCGUCACAUCCAUUUGCAUUUCUCCAUAAUUCCAUUCCUUUGUCGCUACCAUCAUUACGAAUAUCAAACAGUGCCCCUGUAACACCACCUCUUUCAUCACCAACUAGAGUCCCUAAGCAGAUAUUUAAUCUUGAGACUUUGGCCAGAGAGUCGAUGUCUGCUUUAAAUAUUCCUUUCUUUGCUGCUUCAGCCCCAGCUAGCCCCACUCGAGGUCAGCGAUUCACUCCUGCCACUAUACCAGAGUGUGAUGAAUCUGAUUCAUCCACCAUUGAUUCUGGCCACUGGAUGAGCUUUCAAAAGUAUGCAGCCAAUGGGGUCCCAACUUCUCCAACUUUUAAUCUUAUCAUGCCUGCUGCUCAGAGAAUCCCUUCUAAUGAUAUGAUCAUCGACAAGGGUAAGGGCAUAGAGUUUGACUUUGAGAAUGUAUCAGUUAAGGCAGGAUGGGAAGGAGAAAAGAUUCAUGAGGUUGGUUUAGAGGACCUGGAGCUCACACUCGGAAGUGGGAGUGCUCGGAUGUGAUUUUCUUGAUUAAAGGAACUGGUUUGCAUCGAUAAACAAUUGAAGAUUAUCUAAGUUUGCUGGCUGAUGAAUCACUCAGUAGUCCAGUGGAUGUUCGUAUAUCGUCUACAAUUUCUGUUACAGAGAUGAAGUUGGACAAAAUGUUUAUCUUGCAUGUAAUGCAUCUUAGGAUGGAUCUGAUGUUCUCUGUUGCUGUUGCUAUUUACCUUAUAUACAAACAUUUUUUUUCUUUUAAUCUGAGGAGGCCCUAUAAGUUUAGUUGGGUCUUGUCAUAAGCAUUUAGGUAUAGAUAGUUGGUGGUUUCUAUCUCCUUAUGGUUGAGAAUUGUUUUAAGUCAUUGUAGACUAGCAGGAGUUCCCUACAAACCUGAACUAUCACAUUAUUUUUUUCUUCAUUAUAGUAGACCCCUUUGUGGCUGUGCAAA